UUCUAAUUCUUGGAUAUGUCGAAGACUAAUUGGGCUGCUAAAGAUUUUUCUGGGUUAAUUGGCUGCCACCACCGGAUCAAAACUGAAGCUUCUCGCUUUUCGGCCGCAGCCAUGGUGAACGUACCUAAGACCAAGAAGACCUACUGCAAGAGCAAGGAGUGCAGGAAACACACUUUGCACAAGGUCACACAGUAUAAGAAGGGCAAGGAUAGUUUGGCUGCACAGGGGAAGCGUCGUUACGACCGGAAACAAUCCGGUUAUGGUGGUCAGACCAAACCAGUGUUCCACAAGAAGGCAAAGACCACCAAGAAGAUUGUGCUAAGGCUGCAAUGCCAAGGUUGCAAGCACGUUUCACAACAUCCGAUCAAGAGGUGCAAGCACUUUGAGAUUGGUGGAGACAAGAAGGGGAAAGGAACAUCUCUGUUUUAAACAUGUUAUUCAUGGUAUCUUGUUAUGUUUGCUUUACUUUAUAUGGAGUAGUUUGAACUUACAAGACUGUAAUGGAAUUUUGUUAAAUUUGCUUA